AUGGGAUGUAACAUGUGUGUGGUUCGGAAACCAGAGGAGCAUUACAAAGUGAUGCUGCAGGUGAAUGGAAAAGAACUUUCACGACUCUCCCAGGAGCAGACACUUGAAACGUUACGCGCCAGCAAAGAUCCUCUACUGAUUCAGGUGCUGAGACGCAGUCCCCGUAUGAAGGGAGCGGCAUUGACAGCUUCUUCUCAUGACCUGCAGUUUGUGGACAAUGGAACCCAAACAGAUAUCACCUUUGAGCACAUCAUGACAAUGGGCAAAGCUCGACCUCCAAGCCCUGCCAUGGUUGUUCUAGAACCGUAUGUACUAUCAGAGCUCCCACCAAUUGAGAAUGAGUUCUAUGAGCAAUCUGAGUUCAUGGAAGGAGUACAACCCGAGGGAGAGCGCACUGAUGAGUUGGAGUAUGAAGAAGUAGAGCUGUGCAAGAUAAACCAUCAAGACAAGCUGGGCCUAACAGUUUGUUAUCGCACUGAUGAUGAAGAAGACCUAGGGAUAUAUGUUGGAGAGGUGAAUCCAAAUAGCAUUGCCGCAAGAGAUGGGAGGAUAAGGGAAGGAGACAGAAUCCUACAGAUUAAUGGCGUGGACGUUCAAAACAGGGAAGAAGCAGUAGCGAUUCUGACACAAGAGGAGAGCACAAAUGUGUCCUUCCUGGUUGCCCGUCCAGAAACAGAGAUGGGCAGACGAUGGAAGGAUAGUGACAGGGAGGACUUCUUGGAUGAUUUGGUAUCUGAAAAUGAAGAGGAACUGCAAGCAGAGAGACUGAACUCCCCACCUCAGCAGCAGGUGGUGAAUGAAGACGUUGGAGGCAGCCCUAAGUCUCCUCGACCUUUCCCUCAUCCAGCAGGUUUAAGCCGUAGUCAGGAACUGGAUAGUGGAGUAGGAAGGACAGAUGAAAGCACUCGUAAUGAUGAGAGCUCUGAACAUGAUAUUUUGGGUGAUGACCAAACAAGCAGUGCAAAUACACCAGGCAGUCAACGUCGCCUCCGCUUCUUACGUGGGGACUCACAACAUCCACUUCAAUGUCGUGAAUUUUACCAUAGUUUGGACUCGUUGCUUGCGGCUGAUGGAUCAGCACCUUACAAUGAGGUUCUUCCACCAGGUGCUGGCCUAACUGAUGAGGAGUAUGAGAGAUACCGAGAACUGCUGGAAAUUACUUGCCACAUGGAGAAUGGAAAUGGGCCUGCUUUUCUCUAUGCUUCACGACAGGGUGGUCUAGAUGUGAAUCGCAAUGAAAGUGUUUUACGUGAGAUGGCAGUACUGGAAGAGGAACUGCGGCAUCUGGAGUUCAAGUUUCGUAAUGUCCUAAGAGCACAAAAGAUGCAGCAGUUGCGAGAACGGUGCAUGAAAGCUUGGCUUUUGGAAGAGGAGGACAGUCUUUAUGAGUUUGUGGGUGGGGGCAGUGGGAAUAAUGAUGGUUCCACAAAGCUUCCAGAUAUCACAGAACUCCCAGAAAGGUCAGAUAAGGACAGUACCAGUGCAUAUAACACUGGUGAGAGUUGCCGGAGCACUCCACUAAUGAUGGAUCCACCAUUACCAUUAGACAGUCCUAUGAGAAGAAUUAAUGAUCCUUCUGGUGCAUUUUGCCAAGCAGCAGAAGGAAUUUCCUCAAAUGCUAACAUGAACAGAGGACAUGGCAAGAAUGUGCCUCCUUACCCUGGCAGUCCAGAGCCUGUACCAUCGAAAUUUCGGUCUUUGUGUCGGGAAGGGCGGCAUACAACAGAAGAAAGGUUAAGAAGAGCAACAAAACCAGGGAAUGAAUUAGAUCGGGGAAGUCGAGAAAAUAGCCCAUACCUCAGCAGACGUCAACGCUCGCAAAGUGGAGACCGUUACCGAAGCUGCCUCCAAUUAGCCCAACAAAGAAGUCUUGAUGAACUAGAUGUAGACCCCACAUGUGGAAAAGCUAUGGGGGUGUCACAAGGCAGCCACUCCCAAGUAGAGCCAAGAAUGGAAUGGAAAGUAAAAGUAAGGAGCGAUGGUACCCGCUACGUGGCCAAACGUCCUGUCAGGGAUCGCCUCUUGAAAGCAAGAGCCAUGAAAAUCAAAGAGGAACGCAGUGGGAUGACCACUGAUGAUGAUGCAGUGAGCGAGAUGAAGAUGGGACGUUAUUGGAGUAAGGAAGACAGAAAAAGACAUCUCAUGCGAGCUCGGGAGCAAAGGAAGAGAAGGGAAUUCAUGAUGCAGAGCAGGUUAGACUGCCUGAGAGAACAACAACAACAGCAGGGUGCAGACGGCAAGGGUGAGAUGAGCAUCAUUGCCCUCAGUCACCGCAAGACUAUGAAGAAGCGUAACAAGAAGAUCUUGGAUAACUGGAUCACCAUUCAAGAGAUGUUGGCUCAUGGGACACGCUCUGCUGAUGGAAAACGAGUUUACAAUCCCCUGCUCUCUGUUACCACAGUCUGA